UCAAAUAUACUUGUUUUAUAUCUGUCAUGAUAUGAUUAGCUGACCAAGUAGGUUACGAGACGUCUAAAUACACAAUGCCUCGUGGUUCACGUGGUGGUAUUGGUUCGCGCGGCGGUAAGAAAUCUGAUGGCGGUCGCAACAAGCGAACGCGUGACAGCGACAGAUCCCAGCAAGAGGAGCUGCCCAAGAAAAAAAGGAAGUCCACUCGUGGCAGAACCAGCAAGGAGACGGGUCCUUCUCCUAACACUCAUUUAGCUGGCUCUGAGCCCGAGGGUAGAACUACCGAGCAACCAAGUUUCGAGGAUGAACUGGGACACCACAAGUCAGGAAAACCAUCCCGUCCUCGUUGCGCUCCGAAGACCAGAAAGCCGACCCUUACCAAGACCCGCCCUGGCACAGCACGCUCUCUGUACGAGGCACCAGCGGCCCGAGAAUCACUAUUGGAAUUCCAGGCGGACCAGUCAUCCCCUGAUGAAUUACAAGCAGACACCCCUUCGUUGCCGUCCGAUGUUAAGAGGCAGGCUAGCUUAGCACACAACGACAACAACCAUUUAGAUCUCUCUUCUCUGCCCCAUCGAAAGAACAAACGAACCACCAAGCUCCUAAAAGGGAGGAAGGAAGAUCAUCCUGCUGGCAAUCUCGAGCCGGAGGUUCCCAGUGGAGCCGGAUCUCGGACCCAUGCACGACAGGGCUCGCUCAUCUACUCUCAGCCGCCCGAUCUCUUCGACCAUCUGGAAAUGCCCCAGCCUAUCCGUACUAACUACGUUAAACGCUUCCUAGCGAACGUUGCUGCCGAUUUAGAAUUGAGCCCCCCUCCGCCGCCCCUCCGCCGCCUGUUCGCGCCUCGGGUGAAUAAUGAGGAUGGUCGGCCUGGCGGAAUCGAACCCAAGGAGGUUGGUCGUUUGCAUGAUGAGACGAAGACGAGACGAGAGCCCACUUCGAAACCGCGCUCACCCGAUCCUGUUUCGUCGCAAGUCGAGGACGAUCCCUUCAAAGACUUCCAGUGGAACUUGGAGGUUGAUCCUAUUCCAAACGCCGAGAUGGAUCGGAUUUUGGCCGAAUAUACGAACGUUCAUGUCGAUUGGGACGCCAUCUCUCAUGCAGUUGAUGAAGUGGCUUUGCCCAACGAUGACGACGAUGUUGGCGGUGAUUAACGAGCUCAUCCACACUGCCGUCGUGGUCGUCGGCUCUGAUUUCUCUGAUUGGCGGGUUGGGAC